AUGGCAAACGACGAGCGCGGCGCCGGCGAGGAGCGGGGAGCGGCGGAGGACAGCAUCGUGUGGAGGGAGGAGGCGGGGAAGUUCGAGACGCCCGACGGCGAGGCCUUCCUCCAGUACCGCCUCGUCGUCCAGCCGCGCGCCUCCUCCGUCCGCGGCGGCGCGUCCCCGGCGGCGAUGGACAUGGUGCACACGUACGUGCCCGGGAGCAAGCGCGGGCAGGGGCUCGCCGCGCGCCUCUGCGACGCCGCCUUUGCCCACGCGCAGCGCCACGGCAUGCGCGUCAUCCCCGCCUGCUCCUACAUCUCGGACACGUACCUCCCUCGCAAUCCGGCGUGGAACGAACUUGUCUACAAGGCUGACGAGCCCAAACACAGCAGCACCAGCAGUAGCAUGUAG